AUGACGGUCGACUGCAUCAUCCCUCGGUCUCAGGUGUCGGAGAAGGAACUGAGCCAGGAAUUGAGACUCACAUCUCUGAGUCGCAGCCCAAUGGACAUGUUAUUAACCCCCCCGGAGGAUCUCCUGGAUGAGGAUGAGGAUGCGUCGGUUACUAGCGACAGCGCUCUCACGUCCACCUUGUCCACGCGCGAGGGCUCCUUCGACAGCUUACCGUCACUAGGCAACUCUUUCGCAACAAGCACGGCGCCAUCAGUUGAUAGCCCCUGGACACCACGAAUCAGAAGGUUCAGACAACCAAGGAGAUCUCUGGAGCCUGUAUCUUCUCCACCCGGCGAACUGCCAGACCACCCGCUUUCUGUCGACUGGAAGGCGGACGUCGACCAGGUCGAGUUCAAGGUGUUUGACCCGUCAGCAGCUUCGGCGGAAGAGCAACAGGGCACUGUGUUGAUGCCACUGAAGACGGCUUUCAAGUCAAAUUUGACCUCAUCACUUCGGGCAUUGCGUUCGGCUGCCCGGUCGCUUUCGGCAUUUACUGCCUCAUCUAUACCGGCCGAAGAUCUCCUUACGCGGUCCAUCCUGACCAGCGAUCCUGGCGUGCCAUUUACCGACGAGAGGCGCCCGCCUGUGUUGGAAGAAGAGCCUAAUGAGGCUAUGCGUCGCUACCUCAACCCGACCAGCAGCGCAAGGCUUGAUUUACGGACAGGAGGACCGCCGCAGCCACGCAUCUACACCGCAUCGAUUCAAAUGCAAACGUACAAGAUCCAGAAAUCCAAAAGCGUUACCGCCACGGCCAACCGCCCAGCUGCUGCUGCAGCAGCAGCAGCAGCACCGCAACCGAUCCCGAGAGCACCUGCGCCCCCCACCUUCCCACCUGGGCCGAGACAGCGAGAAAUUCGCGAAAACUCGGAUUUCAUUCGCAUUGCCGUUAUGGAACAUCUUAUGCGCAAAAGCGGCAAACUGGACGAUGCACGUGAAGGCCAUGCACGGUGGCUGCUCCCCCCUCGAAAAUCGAGCACGAAGCCUUACGAAAUUGGAGCCGACGGCGUACCCACACGAUGGGUCUCCCUCACUCUGGAAGUCGUCUGA